GUCAGUUAGUGGCCAGCAAUCUCAUAUCAAUCAGCUAUACAUGCGAAUGAAAAGCUUGUUACGAGACGAGAAGAGAUUGAAGUUCGCAUGGGAAGACAUUGAUUAUACGUGGCAGAGAGCCAAGAAGGAUCAUACCCAAACCAUGCAGGAACUGAAAUACACCCAAAGAGGAUUGGACUCAGAUUUGGCGCGCCAAAGUGGAUGGGCCAUGAAGCAGCUAGAUAGUAGCUACUACCGCACCCGCGACCAGACUUUGGCUGCAUCGGAGGCCGCCCAGAGCGCUGUGAACACCUACGGUCAAGUAUUUUGUCGCGAGCUCUGCGAUACGAUCCAACGGAAACUCCCAACGGAACUCCAAGUACAGAUAUAUGAUUAUGUGAGAGGCCCCGCGGAGCUCCAAAUCGGGGAAAACUCCGUUACCAUCGCCUCUGAAGUGGGAAAGAUCACGUACCUAGUGGACUUCGAUAAUCCGCAUGGUUUACAACUCAUGCCUGGCUGUUCGAUAGAACUCCUCCCACACUAUCGGAACGCAGAGUACAUGGGACGGGAGGUCGUCGACAGAUACUUCACUGUGGAUCUUUUCCACUCCUUAAAAUUCGCAUCCCAGACCCUGGUGGAGAAGUUUCUUUCCUCUGAUGUUUUGCACCAGGACUGAAUCCGGCGUCGUUGGCUCGGAAGGUGACAAUCAUUUUGCCGACCACACCCUAUCCACCCUAUCCACCCUAUUAUACCCAGAAGUGGACGGAGCCGACGCUUGUAAAAUGGAGGAACGACAAGCUGGAUGCGGAACGUGCGGUAGUAACCGAAGCACUGGAAACAAUUCUCCUG